AUGCUCUCAGAUGAGCAGAUAUUGAAGAACUCAGUAAUGCCUGCAGAAGAGAAAAUUGGUUACCCAGCCAGCCAAUGGUAUUUAGACGCACCCACAUCAUCGCCUUUAUUGGUCACUUCGCUUCCAGCUAUGUGCACAAUCAGCGUGGGGACACGAACAGCAUCGGCUCGAGGAGGGUUAGCUAAUGCUUCAGUAAUCAAACAGUCCUUGUCUGCUUUGAAACAGUACUUUGGACAUGCUAGAGAAAAACGCAAGGACAAAAGUUUGGCUUUUAAUUUGGCAUAA